ACCCGUAUAUCUACUAUGCUUCUUGCAUCACAAUUCCUUUGCCUUUGCUGUUUGCAGGUGAAUCUUUUGAUUGCUACCAGUGUAGGUGAAGAGGGUCUGGACAUUCAGACUUGUUGCCUCGUUGUGCGGUUUGAUCUUCCAGAAACUGUUGCCAGUUUUAUCCAGUCGAGGGGACGUGCUCGGAUGACAAAUUCUAAAUAUGUUGUUCUCCUGGAGAGGGGCAAUCAUUCUCAAGAAAAGUUGCUUAAUGACUAUAUUGAUGGUGAAGGCAUUAUGAAUGGAGAGAUAGACUUGAGAACUUCAAAUGAUGUGUUUGAUCACCUCGAGGAGAAAAGUUAUCGAGUGGAAAAAACGGGUGCUUCCAUUAGCACUGCAUGUAGUGUAUCUCUACUGCAUCGCUACUGCUACAACCUUCCCAAGGACAUGUUCUUCAAUCCUUCCCCAGCAUUCAUCUACAUUGAUGACACUGAGGGGAUAAUCUGCAGAGUAAUUCUUCCACCAAAUGCUGCUUUUCGUCAAGUGGAUGGCCAACCAUGCCAAUCAAAUGACGAGGCUAAGAGGGAUGCAUGCUUAGAGGCAUACGUGAAAUUGUAUGAAUUGGGUGCUUUGACAGAUUUUCUUCUGCCUGGUUCAGGUUCAGGAAAGAACAGGGCAUCAACAACAAACGGUUCAGCAAGCAACAGUCAUGAUGAUGAAAGUCUAAGAGAAGAGCUUCAUGAGAUGUUAAUUCCCACAAUUCUCAAACCUUCAACAUGCAAACUGGACUGUCCAUUGAACUUGCAUUUCUACUAUAUUCAAUUCUUUCCCAUACCAGCAGAUAGACAUUAUCGGAUAUUUGGUCUUUUUGUGAUCAACUCCCUUCCUAUGGAAGCUGAAAAGUUGGAGGUUGAUUUGCAUCUGGCUCGCGGCAGGAUUGUGAAAGCAGGAAUGAAACAUUUAGGGACGAUAUCAUUUGACGAAGAACAGAUGAUGCUGGCACGCAAUUUCCAAGAAAUGUUUCUGAAGGUUCUCCUGGACAGAUCUGAGUUCACUGUAUCUCAUGUUAUGUUGUUGGGCAACAGUGAAACGCUACAGUUUAAUUCAACCUUUUACCUGCUGCUUCCAAUCAAGCAGGAAUUGUAUGGUGAUAUAUUUAUGAUUGACUGGCAAACAGUUAAGCGCUGUUUAUCAUCACCGGUUUUUAAAGAUCCAACUGGUGUGUCUGCGCAUGGAUCAUAUUUGCCAGAUGAGUCUUUAAGGCUUCUUGAUAAUAUGUACAGUAAAACUGAUGUCGUUGGCAGUCUAAUCUUUGCUCCCCAUAUUAAGACAUUUUUCGUCAUUGAUGUCAUUCUGAAUGAACUAAAUGCUAGAAGUGAAUACGACGGUGCUACUUAUGAAGAUCAUUACAAGGAAAGGUUUGGUAUCAAACUAUCACAUCCCGAGCAGCCACUUCUGCACGCUAAGCAGCUCUGCAAUCUGCAUAAUUUGCUUCAUGACCGAUUACGGGAGACCACAGAAGAAGGUCGUGAAUUGAUGGAGCACUUUGUGGAGUUGCCUCCAGAGCUAUGUUCUUUGAAGAUAAUUGGGUUUUCGAAGGAUAUGUGUAGCUCCCUGUCUUUGUUACCAUCGUUGAUGUGUCGGUUGGAGAAUUUGCUGGUAGCUAUUGAGUUGAAGGAUGUCAUGUUGUCUUCAUUCUCAGAGGCUUCUCAAAUUAGUGCCUCUGGUAUCCUUGAAGCACUUACCACCGAAAGGUGUUUGGAGAGGAUUUCUUUGGAGCGCUUUGAAGUCUUAGGUGAUGCUUUUUUGAAGUAUGUAGUUGGACGUCACAACUUUCUUACAUAUGAAGGACUUGAUGAAGGGCAAUUGACCAGCAGACGUUCUGCUAUAGUGAAUAAUUCACAUUUAUAUGAGUUAUCAAUCAAAAGAAAUUUGCAGGUGUACAUACGGGAUCAACACUUUGAACCGACACAGUUCAUUGCACUGGGAAGGCCUUGUAAAGUUGUUUGCAAUGCUGACACAGAAGUGAAUAUACACACAGAUAGUCGAGAAAACUGUAACUUGAGGUGUACAAAGUCGCAUCAUUGGUUGCAUAGGAAGACUAUAGCGGAUGCUGUUGAAUCGCUUGUCGGAGCAUUUCUUGUUGAAGGUGGAUUCAAAGCUGCAUUUGCAUUCCUUCACUGGGUGGGAAUAGAUGUUGAUUUUAAAGAUUCAUCCCUAUAUAGAGUAUUAGAUGCAAGCUCCAUCAAUUUAUCUCUCACGAACCACACCGACGUCGGUGAGCUUGAGGAAUUAAUCGGUUACAAUUUCAAACACAAGGGUCUAAUUCUCGAAGCAUUUGUGCAUCCUUCAUUCAAUAAACAUUCUGGAGGAUGCUACCAGAAAUUGGAGUUCCUUGGAGAUGCUGUUUUGGAAUAUUUGAUAACCUCGUACCUCUACUCAGCUUAUCCUGAUCUAAAGCCUGGUCAAAUAACCGAUUUAAAAUCGUUAGCUGUCAGUAAUAAUUCGCUUGCAUAUGUGGCAGUCCAGAAAGGUAUCCAUAAGUAUCUUAUAAAGGAUUCAAAUUAUCUUUCGUCAGCAGUGAAUAAGUUUGAGAAUUAUAUUAGACUUCCCAAUUCAGAGAAAGACUUGGUAGAAGAACCAGCAUGCCCAAAGGUUCUUGGUGAUAUUGUCGAAUCUUGUGUUGCUGCAGUUCUUUUAGAUUCAGGAUUCAACCUGAACUACGUUUGGACGCUAGUGCUUAUGCUUCUAAAGCCAGUGUUGAGCUUCUCUGACAUGCACAUGAAUCCCAUGAGAGAAAUUCGGGAACUUUGUCAAUCUCAUGAACUUGAGUUAGGCCUUCCCGAACCUAUGAAAGCCGAUGGAGAGUACCACGUCAAAGUGGAAGUUAACAUAAACAGCCAGGUGAUAAGUUCUGCCGCUGCAAACCGGAAUUCAAAAGUUGCUAGGAAGUUUGCUGCACAAGAAACACUUUCUAAACUGAAGAAUUAUGGAUACACACAUAAAAACAAGUCACUGGAAGAGAUUUUGCGAGAUGCUAGGAAGAAAGAACCAGAACUACUAGGUUAUAAUGAAGAACCAAUCAAAGUCGAGGCUGACAUAUCUGCAGAAACAAAUAAUCUGAAGAUAGGUAAAGAAAGGGAUGCAAACAUCUCUUUCCAAAAUACAGCAAUUUCUAUUCGUGGGACUCUUAGAACCUCUAGCCAAAGAACAGCAGGGAAUACCAUGUUUUCCAAGGAUGAUGUCAGUAUUGAAAGGAAUAAUCAGCUCAAGGUUGCAAAGCAGAAUGCCUGUCUGCCGAAGGGAACAACUCAGAAAAAUAUUAGAAAGGAGUAUCAUGGUGAUAUGGUAAAUAAAACAGCAAAGUCUUUCCUUUUUGAAGUAUGUGCCGUAAGUUAUUGGAUACCCCCUGAAUUUGAAUUGUGCAAAGAAGAAGGGCCAAGCCACCUCCGAAGAUUCACGUACAAGGUUACAGUUCAGAUCAGGGGACCCUCGGAGACACUCUUGGAGUGCUACAGCGAUGCUCAACUACAGAAGAAGGCCGCACAAGAGCAUGCCGCGCAGGGGGCUCUGUGGUAUCUCAGGCAACAUGGGUACCUACCCAAAGAUGAAGUUCGUGUGUAGAAACAUCUCUGGAUUCCAUGGCCCCCGUUACCAGAGUAGUACAAUACAACCAUUUACUUAUGUUGUGGUGUUACGAUAGGAUGUGUUGAUAAAUGUACAGCCCAUGUAUGGCGUAUGGGUGAUAGGACUUUAUAGUUAUUCGGUUCAUUCAUGCUCUGCCGAUUUGUAAGAUGACAAUAAGGCCCUGUUUGGUUCAGCUUUUAUCGAUGGAUUCCGCUACCGCGCAGCA